ACCGCAACCCACAGCCGGAAGCCAUGGCAUCGCACAUUUCUCUAACCACCGCCUCCCUCAUCGUCUUCCUCGUCCUCCUCCCAAUCUCCUAUGGAGGCUCUGUGCCGGAAUCUGACAUAGAUCUCGUCGAGUUUCCUUUGAAUUUAGAAUUUCUUGAGGCUGAAUUCUUUUUGUGGGGGUCUCAGGGAUAUGGGUUAGACACAGUAGCUGCGAAUCUCAGCAAGGGAGGUCCACCACCAGUCGGUGCAAGAAAGGCUACUCUCGACCCAUUCAUCAGAGAUGUCAUCUACCAAUUCGCUCUCCAAGAAAUCGGACACCUGAGGGCGAUUCAGAGCAAAGUAAAGGGGUUCCCUCGGCCAUUGUUGAAUCUGAGUGCAGCGUCAUUUGCAGAUGUCAUAAACAGCGCAUUUGGCAAGCCUCUGAAUCCCCCCUUUGACCCUUACGCCAACGGACUCAACUUCCUUCUCGCAUCGUACGUCAUUCCGUACGUGGGACUCACUGGAUACGUGGGCACAAAUCCAAACCUCCAAGGUGCUGCUUCCAAAAGGCUAGUUGCAGGCCUCUUGGGCGUGGAGUCAGGCCAAGAUGCAGUGAUCCGAGCCCUGCUCUACAGGAAGGCGGCGGCAAAGGUCCACCCAUAUGGCAUAACUGUUGCAGACUUCACGAAUCGGAUCUCGAACCUGAGGAAUAAUCUGGGAAAGUCGGGGUUGAAAGACGAAGGGCUUGUGGUGCGUCCAGUUCGCGGCGCCGAGGGAAAAAGUAGGGGGAAUGUGCUAGCGGGAGACAAGUUCUCGCUUGCUUAUGCUAGAAAGCCAGAGGAGAUUCUGAGAAUAGUGUAUGGUGGAGGUAGCGAACAUAAUCCAGGGGGAUUCUACCCUCAAGGAGCCAACGGGAGAAUUGCUAGGUCUUUUUUACAGAAGUCCAAGGCGUUUUAGGAUAUGUAGUACUGCAAUCAGGAGCUGUGUGUUCCUGUCUGCCGUAUCUCUGUCCGUAUCAAGUUUGUGCCUUCGUCAGGUUUAAAUAAUAUGAUAAUAAAAAUGAGUGCUUCA